CGCGCCCCCCCGGGACCUCUGCGCGCCCCACAUGGAGGCGCGCGCGCUGGCCGAGGCGGACGCCGCCGGCCCCCGAGAAAGACCCGCGGAGCCCACCGCGGACGCGCCCGAGCCCGAGCUGCUCACCUACCGGCCGGAAGAUUUCCACAUGCGGGCCACCGUGGGGACAGGGACGUUCGGGCGCGUGCAGCUAGUCCAGGAGAAGACGAGCAAGCAUUUCUUCGCCCUGAAGGUGAUGACCAUCCCCGACAUCAUCCGCCUGAAGCAGGAACAGCACGUCCACAAUGAGAAGUCGGUGCUCAAGGAAGUCAACCACCCGUUCCUGGUCAAACUGUUCUGGACGGGCCAUGACGACCGCUUCCUCUACAUGCUGAUGGAGUUCGUGCCGGGCGGCGAGCUCUUCAGCUACCUGCGGAACCGCGGCCGCUUCACCAGCAACACCGGGCUGUUCUACGCGGCCGAGAUCGUCUGCGCCAUCGAGUACCUGCACUCCCGGGACAUCGUCUACAGGGACCUGAAGCCGGAGAACAUCCUGCUAGACAGGGACGGCCACGUCAAGCUCACCGACUUCGGGUUUGCCAAGAAGCUGGUGGACAAGACGUGGACCCUCUGCGGGACCCCCGAGUACCUGGCCCCCGAGGUCAUUCAGAGCAAGGGCCACGGCCGAGCGGUGGACUGGUGGGCGCUCGGCAUCCUGAUAUUCGAGAUGCUGUCGGGGUUUCCUCCGUUUUUCGAUGACAACGCCUUUGGCAUUUAUCAGAAGAUUCUUGCUGGCAAGAUAGACUUCCCCAGACAUUUGGAGUUCACUGUCAAAGACCUCAUCAAGAAACUGCUUGUUACCGACAGGACAAAAAGACUGGGAAACAUGAAGAACGGAGCCGAGGACGUCAAACAGCACCGGUGGUUCCGGCUCGUGGACUGGGGCGCGGUCCCCGAAAGGAAGCUGAAGCCCCCCAUCGUCCCCAAGCUGUGCGGUGAAGACGAUACCUCCAACUUCGAAGCGUAUCCCGAGAACGACUGGGCUUCUGCCCCGCCGGUGUCACAGAAAGAGCUGGAUGUCUUCAAGAAUUUCUGAGCUCGGGACUCCCCCGCCUGGAAGACACAGGGUGAUCUGAGCCUGCCGGGACACACAGUGGCCCCCGCCAUGGGUCGGGGUCGGCCCCCAUGGCCGGCCGGAGGAAGCAUCUUCUUCUUGGAGUGAGGAUGUUUCCGCCUUUGUAUACGCCCGGAUGUGUAUAAAGAGAUUGCAGAGCUGUUGACGUUCGUGGCCCUGGAAUUAUUUAAUCUACUGGAAAUCGACUGCACAGUAGGACACUUUGAACAUUUCGUUUGGUUGUAGGUUUUCUGCUUUUUAGCCCUGUGUGUUCCUACUGGAAUAUCUUGGUUUCGUUUUUUUUUUUUCCCUCAUAGACUUGACUUUUUAUGUUUGAGCUGAACUUGUUCAGAUUUAACCACAAAUUUUGUGUGUGUGUGUGUGUGUGUGUGCGUUUGCUCAUGUCUGUAUAAAAAAGGCGGUAUGCUUGGAGCUCAGAAAUUGUGUAGUGAUGUACAUGUUCCUACUUUCCAGAGAUAAUAUUUAUGUUUCAGAUUUUUCUUUUUUUUUUUAAUGAAUCUGUUCUCUUGCCGGACACAAUUUUAAAAGUUAUGAUAUAUGCAUUUUUUAUCAUCUUAUAUGCAUUUUAUGGUUAUAUCCUAUGACGGUCUGUAUCCAGUAUGUUUAGUGGUUUAUGUUUGGCAGCCUGGGGUCUUGAAACCAGAAUGCAAAGGAAGGAGAUGUGAGUUUGAAUUUUACUGCAAGACUAAGCCACUGACCGCAAAUGCUUUUCGAGGAAUUUUGUCUGUGGCGUUAAAAAAAAUUUCAGACUCUGUAGGGAGAUGGCUAGCUGUUCGUAUUCCAGGUUCAAUUCCUGGACCAAACAUGCAUGUCCUGACAUGGAAGAGUCUCUUUUCAGCAUUGGCUUGAGGAACUUAACGCACAUGUUUUCCUUUUCCCCUUUGGUUUUGGGAAAAGCAAGGAACGGCAGGGACACGAUGGAACCGUUGGACCCUUCCUCAUUUCUGCUUGCUUUCACUUCUCCUCCUCAGCGUUCGCUGUGUUUCUGGUUUCACAGAUACACCGGGCCUGUGCCGAACAAGCCUGGGGGAAGCUUUCCUUUUCCCUUUGGGCCCGAGGGGCGGGGGAGGACCGUGGACCCUGUGGAUCAGGAACGCUGGGUGUUGAGCGUGUCGCCGUGGGCGAGGGUUGCUGUUGACGUUUGCGUCCCCCCAGGAGCAGGGCGUGGUCAGAGGCGCCUCACUCCAUGCCUUCUUAACCCUCCUCUCUUGCUUCUGCUUUCUGAUGCUGACCUUUGCUGUGAAAAACACCUCAGCGGGCUGUGCUUCUUCUGUCGACUCAGCUGGAAAGACAAGCGUGGCUCGGACCUGUUGUGUAAAAUCCGGUCGUAGGGUCCAGCCAGGCCCUUCCCCGGCGGAGGUCUGUGCAUUGAAGCAGUCGAGCCUUCAGUGGCUGCAGGGGAUCACCCGCUAGACCUCCGAGACCCCCCCGACCCCCAGGCCCUCCCUGCACCCUCGCUUUCCCCGCGCGGAAAGGUUCAGCUCCCCUGCCCACAGGGUUGCAGGCGGAGUGUGCCCUCGGGAUGUGUUGCUGCAAAGGGUUGGGUGCGCCCUCAGCUCUCAGCUGCUCAGGUCUCUGCAACUCAGGUAUCCUUGGGUCACCUGGUCAGUUCUUUGCUGUCGACACUGUUUCUUCCUGUGCUGGGGGCCGGAAAGCUGCGUUUUCCCCAGCUUUUGCUUCCCUUGCUUCUGCAGGCACACCUAGGGGUGUGGAGAGCUGCUGUUUGGGAAAGUCAUAACAGUUUUUUUUUUUAACGUAGCACAAAUGUCAGGGGACAUACACGUAUAUGUCAGAUUUGACCAGUUGCACCCUGAAGAAUGGAUGCUUUUGAACUGUGGUGUUGGAAAAGACUCUUGAGAGUCCCCUGGACUUGCAAGGAGAUCCAACCAGUCCAUCCUAAAGGAAAUCAGUCCUGAGUGUUCAUUGGAAGGACUGAUGCUGAAGCUGAAGCUCCAAUACUUUGGCCACCUGAUGGUGCAGAGCUGAGUCAUUGGAGACCUUGAUGCUGGGAAAGACUGAAGGCGGGAGGAGAAGGGGACCACAGAGGAUGAGAUGGUUGGAUGGCAUCACCGACUCAAUGGACAUGAGUUUGAGCAAGCUCCAGGAGUCGGUGAUGGACAGGGAGGCCUGGCGUGCUGCAGUCCACGGGGUCGCAAAGAGUCGGACACAACCGAGCGACUGAACAGCAAGAAGCAACUCCUGGAUCAGAAGACAAGGGGUGUGUGUGCUUGGAGGAGCUAUGAAGGGAAAUGACACCUAUAAAAGCUUUGAGCCGAAGGUGCUAAAUCACCCCCUUCUCGUAAAUGACCUCAUCUUCAAAGAGCAGUCCAUUCCGUAGGCGAGAGUGAGUCCAAGAUUUAAGUAAAAUAAACCUUACAAUGGGCAACUCAUUAAAAAUUUACUUUCAAAGGGUGCACUUGGACAGAUGUUCCCAGAGAGCUGUUAUUUUGAGUCUGUGCUUGCCCAUCACCGCGCUCUUUGGAUUAAACGGUGAGCCAGCUGGGACUGAAAUUUUAUCAUGCCAUUUCUGAGCUAUUACGUCGUUGAAUGUUAGAAGGUUAAAUGAGCAGCGGGAACCUGCACAGAGAUAGAGACCCAUGAGGAAAAGCAUUAAGUCUUGUGUCCUCUGACUGUAAAAAUAAAUGACUGUUAUUUGGAGCCUUCUGCUUAAGAAAAUACAAAAUAAAUGAAACACCUUUCUUGAACACAAUACAAAAGUUGUAAAUACAGACAUUGAUCCCGAUGCAUAUUUUUUUGGCUUGGUUCUCCCUCUCCAGGAUGUAAUUUAUGAGAUGAAAAUAGCACAAGAAUGCAUGAAAAUGCGUUGCCUUAAUUUUGAAGAACUAUGCAGGGCAAACAAAGGUUCAAAUACCAUGGAUGGCUUGCUGCUUUAUAAAAACAUGGUCGUUGACCAUCAGCCAUGCAAAGCAGAUUGGAAAGGAAGAGGAAUUUCAACACUGCCAGAUGGGGUUCACCUCACCUUUGACACCCCUGGUGUCCAUUUAGUCGUCGAGAGCUUCAUGUGCUGGUGGCUGGGCCGUAAAUUAAAUGGGCUGACAUCAUGCAAUGCUGGGCGUGAUCAAAAUGAGUCUUAAAAGACAUGGACGGCUCACUGCCCUAUACCACCAGAAAAUCGUUCACUCCCUGGAGGCAUUCUGUGAUGUUGGAGUCUUGGAUCAAAAAUAAUCAGGGUGUGCUAGGUUUUGAAGAAAGUUCACGACCACCGUGACAACAUUCCUUACCGGAAAAGGAGAGAUCUGUUUUUUGUUUGCUGCCGUUUGACAAGUUGGCAAUAUCUCCUUAAAUGACAAUACUCUUUAAGAAGUCUUGGGGCUCCCCCCACCCCAUCCCUGGUGGACCAGUGGUUAAGACUUCACCUUCCAAUGUUGAGGGGGGCGGGGUGUGAGUUUAAUCCCUGGUCGGGGGAGCUGAGAUGCCACAUGCCUUACUGUCAGGAAGCCAAAAAUAUAAAGCAGAAGCAAUGUCACAAAUUCAGUUAAGACUUUAAAAAUGGUCCUUAUCCUCCCCUCCCCCGCCCCGAAAAAAAAUUCUUAUAAAGUCUUUAGGAAAUGCAUUGAUUUCAAGAGGUGGAUCGGGGUGGGUCUUGGUUUCCUCAGGGAAAAAAUAAAGCCAGCCUGCUUUGAGAGCUAUCUGUAAAAACGGAGGAGAUAAAAUGCUAGCCAGUCAGCAUAUGGCCCGUGGUCCCGGCAGUUGGGAUAUCCCACUCAGCAGUGAUGUAUCAUUGGCCAGCAGUGGGAAAACAAAUAAAAAACAGAAAAACCAUGAUUUCUGCUGGCGAUUUGUCAAAAUAUGCAAAGGAAAAAAAAAAUUAAAAAAACCAGUAACAGAUAACCGGCGUGCACGUCACACCAUCACGAUGCUUUAAAACUCCUCCCAGUCUUGCUCCUCAAGCAGGUUUGGCAUCACCUGUUUUUCACCGUCUCAGGCGCUGUUUGCUUUCCUUCUCUCCAUCUGUACAUCAAGACCAACCUGCCACCCCUCCAAGUCAGCAGAAGCGCCAGGCGGUUGAGUGAUAUGAUAGGCACCCCACCCGGGGGAACCCUGAAGGCUGCGUUUACACUGUAGCUUCAGCUGCAGGAAAGAUUGGAAUUUUUUUUUUUUUUUUUGGUCCCUAGCCCUUUGAUUUUGCAUUACAAAAUUGACUGCAUCAUGUAAGUCUUUCCGUCGCUCCCAAUUGAGAUUAAAAUGAGGUGCCUGUCUUGUUCUUUUUUUCUUCCCGUGGCACCUCUGCCUGGCGCCGUAUUCUAUACCUGCUGAAACAUCGUGUAUACUGUACACUCCUUUAUCAGAUUCUGACUAAUCAGUUCAGCUUGAGUGGGCGUUGCUGACUCACCAAGAACAAAAGAGAAAAAGCGAUUGUACGAUUGUCUUAAAUAAUAUAUUUGAGUCUGUGUGUGUGUCUGUCUGUGUCUUGGUGGAGGUUGAGUGGUGGGCGAUGCUUCCACCAAGCGUCACGUUUUCAUACCGAGCUUGUUCCUGCUGACCCCGUGUGGUCACCACCACACGCUACCCUUGAUAAUCAGAAAGGAAAUAUUCUGGAACCAUUCCCUCUAAGUUAUCGUGUCUGCAUUCGUUUUCUGUUGAUACUCUCUUUGAUCUUCCGUGGUGGACUCCUGUGUUAUUUAAAUAAAACUCAUGGCACAUGUGUGUUUUUUUUUUUUUUUUUUUGAAACUGGGAUCAGAACCAUUUCUGCUCACCGGCUGCCUUUCCUGGCUCCCCGAGACGCUUUCUCUGGCUCUGCGGGGCGGUCAGAGGUUCCUUCUUUGCUCCAGGGAUGAAGCAUCCAGGGCUGGUGUUCCUCCUUCCUGCUCAAGUCAUACCGGGAGCCCCACCCUGAUCGUUUCAGCUUCUCAAGUGGUUUAAAAAAGAAAGAAAGAAAAAAAAAAAAAUCCUGUUUCUACACGUCUCCAUUCCUUGCACAAUGAAAAUCACUGUGAUUUGUAUAUACAUAUAUAUAUAUAUAUACACACCCGGGGAAGAUUUUACUGCUGUCUAAUUUAUGGAAUGAUACCAUUGAUUCCAGGUUCCUUUAAUAAAACUUUGUAUCUUUUAAGAUAGAA